AUGGGGCCGGGGGCCCGGGGCCUCCGCCGCCCGCCGCCGUCCGUGCGCGCCGCGCUGCUGCCGCUGCUGCUGCUGCCGCUGUCGCUGGCGGGGCCGGGGCCGGGGGCUGCAGCCGCCCCCCCUUGCCUGGAUGGAAGCCCUUGUGCCAACGGAGGUCGCUGCACCCAGUUGCCCUCGAGGGAGGCUGCCUGCUUGUGUCCGCCAGGCUGGGUGGGCGAGCGCUGCCAGCUGGAGGACCCCUGCCAUUCGGGCCCUUGUGCCGGCCGGGGCGUGUGCCAGAGCUCUGUGGUGGCCGGGGUGGCCCGGUUCUCCUGCCGCUGCCCCCGGGGCUUCCGAGGCCCCGACUGCUCCCAGCCUGACCCCUGCCUCAGUAGCCCCUGUGCCCACGGCGCCCGCUGCUCCCUGGGGCCCGACAACCGCUUCCUCUGCGUCUGCCCGGCCGGCUACCAGGGCCGCAGCUGCCGCAGCGACGUGGACGAGUGCCGGGGGGCAGCGCCCUGCCACAACGGCGGCACCUGCCUCAACACGCCCGGGUCGUUCCGCUGCCAGUGUCCCGCGGGCUUCUCUGGGCCUCUGUGUGACAGCCCCGCGGCGCCCUGCGCGCUGUCGCCCUGCAAGAACGGGGGCGCCUGCCGCCAGACCAGCGCGCUCACCUAUGCCUGCACCUGCCUGCAGGGGUUCGAGGGCCAGAACUGUGAGCUGAACGUGGACGACUGUCCAGGACACCAGUGCCUCAAUGGGGGGACGUGUGUGGACGGGGUGAACACCUACAACUGCCAGUGUCCCCCCGAGUGGACAGGCCAGUUCUGCACGGAGGACGUGGACGAGUGUCAGCUGCAGCCCAACGCCUGCCACAACGGGGGCACCUGCUUCAACACGCUGGGCGGCCACACCUGCGUGUGCGUCAACGGCUGGACGGGCGAGAGCUGCAGCCAGAACAUCGACGACUGCGCCACAGCCGUGUGCUUCCACGGGGCCACCUGCCACGACCGUGUGGCCUCCUUCUACUGCGCCUGUCCCAUGGGCAAGACUGGGCUCCUGUGUCACCUGGAUGAUGCCUGUGUCAGCAACCCCUGCCACGAGGACGCCAUCUGCGACACGAACCCCGUCAACGGCCGAGCCAUCUGCACCUGCCCCCCUGGCUUCACGGGCGGGGCAUGCGACCAGGACGUGGACGAGUGCUCCAUCGGUGCCAAUCCCUGCGAACACCUCGGCCGCUGCAUGAACACGCAGGGCUCCUUCCUGUGCCAGUGCGGCCGGGGCUACACCGGGCCGCGCUGCGAGACCGACAUCAACGAGUGUCUCUCGGGGCCCUGCCAGAACCAGGCCACCUGCCUGGACCGCAUCGGCCAGUUCACCUGCAUCUGCCUGGCCGGGUUCACGGGCACCUACUGCGAGGUAGACACAGACGAGUGCCAGAGCAGCCCCUGUGUCAACGGUGGCAUCUGCAAGGACAGAGUCAACGGCUUCAGCUGCAAAUGCCCCUCUGGCUUCAGCGGGGCCAUGUGCCAGCUGGACGUGGACGAGUGUGCCAGCACCCCCUGCACCAACGGCGCCAAGUGCGUGGACCAACCCGAUGGCUACGAAUGCCGCUGCGCGGAGGGCUUCGAGGGGGCCCUGUGCGAGCUCAACGUGGACGACUGCUCACCCGACCCCUGCCACCACGGGCGCUGUGUAGACGGCAUCGCCAGCUUCUCGUGCGCCUGUGCUCCCGGCUACACGGGGAUGCGCUGUGAGAGUCAGGUGGACGAGUGCCGCAGCCAGCCCUGCCAGCACGGCGGCAAGUGCCUGGACCUGGUGGACAAGUACUUAUGCCGCUGUCCUCCGGGCACCACAGGGGUGAACUGCGAGGUGAACCUGGAUGACUGCGCCAGCAGCCCCUGUGCCUUCGGCGUGUGCCAGGACGGUGUGAGCCGUUAUGAUUGCAUCUGCGAGCCCGGCUUCACAGGGCCACUGUGCAAUGUGGAGAUCAACGAGUGUGCGUCUAGCCCGUGUGGGGAGGGCUCUUGCGUGGACGGUGACAACGGCUUCCACUGCCUCUGUCCCCCUGGCUUCCUGCCACCCCUCUGCCUUCCCCCGGACCACGCCUGUGCUCAGGAGCCCUGCAGCCAUGGAGCCUGCCACGACAGCCCCGGAGGGUUCCGCUGUGUGUGCGAGCCCGGCUGGACGGGGCCCCGGUGCAGCAAGCCCGUCCUCGGGGAUGCCUGCGCGUCUCAGCCCUGCCAGGCGGGCAGCACCUGCAGCAGCGAGGGCUCACGCUUCCACUGCACCUGCCCCCCAGGGCUUCAAGGCACGAGAUGCCAGCAGGACGUGGAUGAAUGUGCGGGGCUCUCACCCUGCGGUGCCCACGGCACCUGCACCAACGUGAUGGGAAGUUUCAGCUGCACCUGCGACAGCGGCUUCCAUGGCCCCUUCUGCAGCCCGGACGGUGGCAGCUGUGAGCCCAACCCUUGCCUGAACGGGGGCUCCUGCCAUGCCACCCUGGGCUCCUUCUCCUGCUCCUGUGCCCCUGGCUUCACCGGCCCCCGCUGUGCUCAGGACGUGGACGAGUGUCUGAGCAGUCCCUGCGGCCCCGGCACCUGCACGGACCAUGUGGCCUCUUUCACCUGCACGUGUCCCCCAGGCUUCGGGGGUUUCCGCUGUGAGCAGGAUAUGCCCGACUGCAGCCCCAGCUCCUGUUUCAAUGGUGGGACGUGCGUGGACCGCGUGGACUCCUUCAGCUGCCUGUGCCGGCCCGGCUACUCUGGGCUACACUGCCAACACGAGGCCGACCCGUGCCUCUCCCGGCCCUGCCUGCAUGGGGGUGUCUGUACGGCGCUGCACCCAGGCUUCCGUUGCACCUGCCCUGAGGGCUUCGAGGGCACCCAGUGCCAGACACCCAUGGACUGGUGCAGCCGCAGGCCAUGCCGGAAUGGGGGUCGCUGCGUUCGCUCUGGGGUCUCCUUCUACUGCCUGUGUGCCGCAGGGUGGAGCGGCCGCCUGUGUGAUGUUCAGAGUCUGCCCUGCAGGGAGGCGGCAGCCCAGAGUGGGCUUCGGCUGGAGCAGCUCUGCCAGGCGGGUGGUCAGUGCGUGGACAAGGACAGAUCCCACUACUGCGUGUGCAGCCCUGGCCGGACAGGCAGCCACUGCGAGCAGGAGGUGGACCACUGUGCGGCCCAGCCCUGCCAGCACGGGGGCACCUGCCGCAACUACCUGGGAGACUACGUGUGUGAGUGUCCCCCGGGCUACACAGGCGAGCACUGUGAAAUCGAUGUAGACGACUGCGCAUCCCGGCCUUGCCAGCACGGCGGCGUCUGCAUUGACCUGGCGGCCCGCUACCUCUGCUCGUGUCCCCCUGGGACCCAGGGAGUGCUGUGUGAGAUCAACGAGGAUGACUGUGGCCCGGGGCCGCCCGUGGACGCGGGUCCGCGGUGCCUGCACAAUGGCACAUGCGUGGACCUGGUGGGCGGCUUCCGCUGCAGCUGCCCCCCGGGGUACACGGGCUGGCGCUGCGAGGCCGACAUCAACGAGUGCCGGGCGGGAGCGUGCCACCCGGCCCACACGCGGGACUGCCUGCUGGGCCCUGGCGGCGGCUUCCGCUGCCUGUGCAAGGCUGGCUUCACGGGUCACCGCUGCCAGAGCGCACUGAGUCCCUGCGCGUCCCAGCCGUGUCUGCAUGGAGGCCAGUGUCGGCCCAGCACGGGCCCCAGCGCCGCGGGUGCCCUGCCCUUCAGCUGCCUCUGUGUCCCGCCGUUCUGGGGCGCCCUGUGCGAGCGCGCGGCCCGCUCCUGCCCGGAGCUGCAGUGCCCGGCGGGCGCCCGGUGCCAGCAGACGGCGCGCGGGCCGCGCUGCGCCUGCCCGCCGGGGUCGUCCGCGCCGGCCUGCCGGGGCCCGCGGGGCUGGCCGGAGCCGGGGGCCGCCGAGGCCGAGGCCGAGGCCAACGCCAGCGCCUGCCGGGCCGCGCCCUGCCUGCACGGCGGCUCCUGCCGGCCCGCGGCCCUCGCGCCCUUCUUCCGCUGCUCCUGCGCGCCGGGCUGGGCCGGGCCGCGCUGCGAGGCCCCGGCCGCCGCCGCCCCGCCGCCCCCGUGCCCGAGCGCCGCCUGCGAGGCCCGGCGCGGCGACCGGCGCUGCGACCGCGACUGCAACAGCCCGGCCUGCGGCUGGGACGGCGGCGACUGCUCGCUCAGCGUGGCCGACCCCUGGCGCCAGUGCUCGGCGCUGCAGUGCUGGCGCCUCUUCAACAACAGCCGCUGCGACCCCGCCUGCAGCUCGCCCGCCUGCCUCUACGACAACUUCGACUGCCGGCCGGGCGGCCGCGAGCGCGCCUGCAACCCUGUGUACGAGAAGUACUGCGCCGACCACUUUGCCGACGGCCGCUGUGACCAGGGCUGCAACACGGAGGAGUGCGGCUGGGACGGGCUGGACUGCGCGGCCGAGGUGCCGGCCCUACUGGCCCGGGGCGUGCUGGUGCUGACGGUGCUGGUGCCUCCCGAGGAGCUGCUGCGUUCGAGCGCUGACUUCCUGCAGCGGCUUAGCGGCAUCCUGCGCACUUCGCUGCGCUUCCGCCUGGACGAGAACGGCCAGGCCAUGGUCUUCCCCUACCACCGUCCAGGGCCCGGCCCUGAGCUCCGGAACCGGCGGGAGCUGGCCCCUGAGGUGAUCGGCUCUGUGGUCAUGCUGGAGAUCGACAACCGGCUGUGCCUGCUGACCCCCGACAGCGACCACUGCUUCCCAGACGCGCAAAGCGCCGCCGACUACCUGGGCGCGCUGUCGGCUGUGGAGCGCCUGGACUUCCCAUACCCACUUCGGGCGGCUCGGGGCGAGCCUCUGGAACCACCCGAGCCCGGCUUCCCUCUGCUCCCACUGCUGGCAGCCAGCGCCGUGUUCCUGCUGGUGGUCCUGGCACUGGGCGUGGUGGUGGCGCGGCGGAAGCGCGAACACAGCACCCUGUGGUUUCCCGAGGGCUUCGCCCUGCACCGGGACUCCGCGACGCACAAGGGCCGGCGGGAGCCGGUGGGCCAGGACGCGCUGGGCAUGAAGAACAUGGCCAAAGGCGAGAGUCUGAUGGGGGACGUGGCUACCGACUGGAUGGACACGGAGUGCUCUGAAGCCAAGCGACUCAAGGUGGAAGAGCCCGAUGUCAGGGCCGAAGACGCAGUGGACUGUCGCCAGUGGACUCAGCACCACCUGGCAGCCGCCGACAUCCGCGUGACACCCUCCAUGGCCCUGACUCCGCCCCAGGGAGACGUGGAGGCUGGUGGCAUGGACGUGAACGUGCGCGGGCCAGACGGCUUCACGCCGCUCAUGCUGGCAUCCUUCUGCGGGGGAGCACUGGAUCCGGCGCCCGCCGAGGAGGAUGAGACGGAGGACAUGCCCGUCAGCAUCAUCUCCGACCUCAUAUGCCAGGGGGCGCAGCUCGGGGCCAGGACCGACCGCACGGGUGAGACUGCGCUGCACCUGGCUGCCCGCUAUGCCCGGGCUGACGCGGCCAAGCGUCUGCUGGAUGCCGGGGCGGACACCAACGCCCAAGACCACUCGGGCCGGACGCCCCUGCACACGGCCGUCACCGCCGAUGCCCAGGGUGUCUUCCAGAUCCUCAUCCGGAACCGCUCCACCGACCUGGACGCAAGGAUGGCUGAUGGCUCCACGGCCCUCAUCCUGGCAGCCCGCCUGGCAGUGGAGGGCAUGGUGGAGGAGCUCAUCGCCAGCCACGCCGACGUCAAUGCUGUGGACGAGCUCGGGAAGUCAGCCCUGCACUGGGCUGCGGCUGUGAACAACGUGGAGGCCACUUUGGUGCUGCUCAAACACGGAGCCAACAAGGACAUGCAGGACAGCAAGGAGGAGACCCCGUUGUUCCUGGCCGCCCGCGAGGGCAGCUUCGAGGCCGCCCAACUGCUCCUGGAGCACUUUGCCAACCGCGAGAUCACCGACCACCUGGACCGGCUGCCCCGGGACGUGGCGCAGGAGCGGCUGCACCAGGAUAUCGUGGGCCUGCUGGACCAGCCCAGCGGGCCGCGCAGCCCCCCAGGAGCACACGGCCUGGGGUCCCUGCUCUGCCCGCCCGGGGCCUUCAUGCCGGGCCUCAAGGCGGCCCCGACCGGGGGCAAGAAGAGCCGCCGGCCGCCGGGCAAGGCCGGGCUGGGGCCGCCGGGCGCUCGGGGCCGGGGCAAGAAGCUGACCCUGGCCUGCCCGGGGCCCUUGGCCGACAGCUCGGUCACGCUGUCGCCCGUGGACUCCUUGGACUCCCCCCGGCCCUUCGGGGGGCCCCCGGCCUCGCCCAGCAGCUUCCCGCUGGAGGGGCCUUACGCAGCCACUGCCGUGCCCCUGGCCCAGCUGGGGGGCCUGGGGCGGGCGGGCCUGGGGCGCCAGCCUCCGGGGGGCUGCGUGCUCAGCCUGGGGCUGCUGAACCCCGUGGCAGUGCCCAUCGACUGGACCCGCCUGCCCCCUCCCGCCCCGCCGGGCCCCUCCUUCCUGCUGCCGCUGGCGCCCGGGCCCCAGCUGCUGAAUCCGGGGGCCUCCGUGUCCCCCCAAGAGCGGCCCCCGCCGUACCUGGCCGCCGCGGGGCCCGGCGAGGAGUACCCCGCGGCCGGGGCCCACAGCAGCCCCCGCAAGGCCCGCUUCCUGCGGGUCCCCAGCGAGCACCCCUACCUGACGCCCUCGCCCGAGUCCCCGGAGCACUGGGCCAGCCCGUCCCCGCCGUCGCUCUCCGACUGGGCCGAGUCCACACCCAGCCCGGCCACGGGGGCCACGGGGCCCACGAAGGCGGCGGCCGGGGCUCUGCCCCCGCAGCCUCUGCCGCUGCCAGUGCCAGCCUCCCUCCCUCAGGCCCACACCCAGCUGGGGCCCCAGGCGGAGGCCACCCCAAAGCGGCAGGUGCUGGCCUGA